UAACGGGCAGUAGAUAGCAAAUGACACAAUUUUGGACAUUUAUGGAAACUGUAUAGGAUAUUUUUCCCCGCACGAAGUAAUGUUGGGCAGCCAUGGGAUUCAGCCUGUUACACUUGUGUUAAACAACUCGAAAAACUGUUUCCUGCACUUGCCAACGAACUUGAUCACAAAACUAUCAUUGCAUGAGAAUCAAAUCCUCGAGCUGUCCUGGGAUGACAGUCCCUCCGUGUUUCUCAGCUGGACGAGAGGAAGGCACGCGCAGCCAGCACAAGAGGAUAAUGUCGAGCUUUGCAGACAAUUGGCGGAUAAACUAGGACUCAAAGAGGGGGAACAGGGUUUCCUGCGACCCUGUCAGCAUGUGCAGUCGGUUCAUCAGGUGUACGUGGAACCCUUGUCUUCUGAUGACUGGGAGAUCUUGGAACUUCAUAGUCUGGCGCUGGAACAGCAGUUGCUGGGACAGAUACGAGCGGUGUAUGAAGAUGGUAUUUUCCCUGUGUGGGUGGACCAGCGAACCUGUAUCUACAUCAAAAUUGCCUCUUUGUCACCAAGUGUGCCUUACGGACGUCUGGAGCAGUUCACGGAGUUGAUGGUCGCUCCCAAAAUACGGAGCGGAGAUCCAGGAACCUCUCUGGGGGCGUCAGCCUACCUCAACCAGAGCCCAAGUCCCCAUACAGCCCAUCCUCAUGCGUCUGAUCAGCCCCUCUCCAGCAUCUCUUCUCUGGGUACCGAGACACAAGAGUCCCCGAAUGACCAGCUGGAUGUUAGUCAGGACAAUAAACCACAACAACAACAGCAAUGGGGUGGCAUUGCUGACUUUAAAAGCCUGCUACGGUAUGUGUUCACGGGGGGAUUGGAUCCAGCCAAGGAGCCUCCGCCAGUCCCCAGCAUCCCUGCCUCAUUCAGCGAGUGUGUACUGAGGGUUUGCAGGACGCCCCCGCGGUUCGCCAGUCACCACUGUGCCAUAUACGGAGAGGUCCACAUGCUGCCCCUGGGUCAUCACGAGGUGCACCACGUCAACAGCAGGCAGCCUCUGAUUACAUAUGGGAAGAUCUCCAAGAUGGCAUCUCCAAAGGAGGUGCGUGAGAGGGCCAAGCAGGCCAUGGAGGGGAGGAAGAGGAGUGAGCUGAAACCCCUGGAGAGGAGGAAGUCGUCCAGUCGUGGUGGUGGUGGUGGUGGUGCUGCUGCUGCUGCUAAGGAUGGGGAGGAGGAGGAGGUGGUGGUGGUGGGUCGUCAGGAGGAAGAUGAAGUGCUGGUCAGGGUGAAGUGCCACCUGGGAGACCUGGACGGGGAUCAUGCAGACUUCCAGAGGGGGGAACUGCACAGUGGCCGGCUGUGGAUUCCCAAGGCUUUGAGGAGCAGGUUACAAAUCGAUCUUCAUUCCACGGUUCGACUGAAGCCAGUGAAAUCCAAUCCGAGAGUGGCCUUGUCCGUCAGGUUGCAGCCGGUACAGCCAAUGGCCCAAGCGGAGGGAGAGGAGGAGCUCCGCACCAGCUUCCUGGAGUGGCUUUAUGCCCAGAGCCACGAGCCGCUCGUCUGCCUGACCGGCCGCUCUGACCACAUCCUCCUGCCCAGUGGAGAAGGAAAAGCUGAGUUUGCCUUGACCGUGUUGAAACCAGACCCUUCUGAAAAGGACACAGAAGAACUUUUCUUUUUAUCAAGUGUGCUGCAAAAGAAAGACAUUCAGGUUGUCCUAGAGCCACUGAGCUCUGACUCCUCUGCACCUGAGAAGGAUCCUGAUGAAACUCAUGAAGAUUUCCCCUUACUCAGCCACCUCGGGGCUGUGGAGGAGAUCGGCCGUGUGGCGUUUGAGCACGUCUCCCACAGUCUCAUGGGAAAGCCAUUGUCCCGGGAGCUGGUGGCAGCUGGGAUUGGACUGCGUAGUGGAGCGGUGCUCAUCACUGGAGCCAAGGGAAGUGGGAAGUCUUCCUUAGCCAAAGCAGUCUGCCGGAGAUCAAUAGAGGAGUUGGAUGUUCAUGUUGACAUAGUAGAUUGUAAGAUGCUGAAAGGGAAGCGAGCGGAAACGGUUCGGCAAAGGUUAGAGGAGGUUUUUGAGCAGGCGUUGUGGAGACAGCCCUCAGUGGUCCUGUUGGAGGACCUGGACAUUGUCACAGCAGCUGCUACCUCUCCAGAGCACGAGCACGGUCCUGAUGCAAUGAUCCAUAUGCACAUUGCUCAAAGUCUGAAGGAUGUUGUGGAUGAUGUGAUGGAGCGUGGCAGUCUGGUGGCGCUGGUGGCCACUGCCCAGAGUAAGGACUCCUUACACCCCUCACUCAGAGAGGUGCAGGGGACCCACUUCUUCCAGACCACAGUCCACAUUCAGAGCCCAGAUCAGGACCAGAGAGUGGAGAUCCUGAGGUGUCUGAUGCUGAGGAAGAGCAGCCUGUCUCCUGACUGUGUGGAGGCCUUGGACCUGGAGGCGGUGGCCAAGCAGACGGAGGGCUACGUGGCGCGGGACCUGGCUCUGCUGCUGGAGAGGGCCGUACACGCCAGCGUGGUCAACAGCAAAGGACACAGCGGCGCUCUGGACAGGACUGGGGAGCUGCGGGUGACCUACAAGGACUUUGUGCUGGCUCUGAGGGACUUCACCGCCCCCUCGCUGUGGAGUGCCAAGCUCCACUCUCCUGGCGUGGCCGGCAUGGAGAGUGUUGGAGGACUGGGGCCGGUGCGACAGAUGCUUGAGGACACCAUCUUGCUGCCAGCCAAGUACCCCUUGCUGUUCUCCAGCCUGCCUAUUCGUCAGUGUACUGGCGUGCUGCUGUAUGGUGCUCCGGGUACAGGCAAGACCCUGCUGGCUGGAGCCGUGGCCAAGGAGAGCGGCAUGAACUUCAUCUGCAUCAAGGGGCCUGAACUUCUCAGCAAGUACAUAGGAGCAAGUGAGCAGGCUGUCAGGGAUGUCUUUCAAAGAGCCCAGGCGGCUAAGCCCUGCAUCCUCUUCUUUGACGAGUUUGACUCUCUAGCGCCCCGCAGAGGCCACGACAGCACCGGCGUCACCGACCGCGUCGUCAACCAGCUGCUGACACAGCUGGACGGAGUGGAGGGCCUGCAAGGUGUGUAUGUGUUAGCUGCCACCAGUCGGCCGGACCUCAUAGACCCCGCCCUGCUCAGACCGGGCCGCCUGGAUAAGUCCCUCUACUGCCCUCCCCCGGACCAGGAGGGUCGUCUGGAGAUCCUGCGUGCCCUGAGUCGCCACAUCCCCCUGGGGGAGGACGUGGACCUGGAGGAGCUGGCGGUCUCCACGGACGCCUUCACGGGGGCCGACCUGAAGGCCCUGCUCUACAACGCCCAGCUGGAGGCCAUCCACAACAGCCCAGGGGCCAGCCUACUGCAGGAGUUGGGCUCGGGUUCGGACAGCGAUGUCAGCCUGUCCUCCAUGAUCUUCCUGAACCCCAGCAGCGGCUCCGACGACUCUGCGGGGGAAGGGGACAGCGGCCUGGAGCCCCCUGCUGCCGCCGCCGCCACCGCAUCGGGGGCCGCCAUGCUGCUGGAGCACGCUGGGGAACACAGCAGACGCGGCGUCAUGCAGGCCAACGCCUGGAGACUCUACUUUGGCAGCUCCUACGAGUCCGAGCUGGACAACCCCUCCCCACCUGACCUGCAUUGCUUCGGGCUUUCUGGCCCGGGCUCUACCGGCCACGACCUGACGGGGGCGCUGGUGAGGGAGGCCGGCUCAUCCCCGGCUCCGGCCUACAUGGCCUCCGUGCAGCAGGGCUUCCAGGAGCUCUCCCACGAGCAGGCCGAGAGGCUACGCGCAGACGUCAGCACCCUCAAGAGCAGCUACCGCCGCGCCACAGAGGAGUCUUGUCAGCUGCAGGCAGGUUCCGGUCCCGGUGCCCCCCCUAACCCCACCACCAAGGCCUCCUCCCUGCUCCUCAGCCAGGCCCACCUGACGGCUGCCCUCAUCUCCACACGACCCUCCGUCACCACCCAGGACUGGAACAGAUACACACACAUGUAUGAAUCUUUCGGAGCCUCUCGAGAGUCAAAGACACACAGUGCAGUCAAACCAGGCCAAAGAGUGACAUUGGCAUAAUGCACACGCAUGCACGCACACGCACACAUACCACACACACACAUACACACACACACACACAUACGCACACACACACAUACGCACACACACACGCACACACACCGGCAAUUUUAGUGUUACUGUACCAUUGAGCAUUGCCAUGGAGGCAAUCGAUACUGUUAAUUGUAUUGCAGGUAUUCUGUUAGCGUUUACACAUGAACAGUGUAUAUAUGGAAGGAAAUGUAAUCAUGUUGCAUUGCGACUGAUGUACAUAAUUUAAAUAAUUUAAAAAAGAAAGUAAUGAUUAUAACACGUUUGACUGAAGCUGUGAGGUUUUUUUUUUUAAAUGAAGUAUCGUUUUAUUAAUGGA